CGUGCUAUUGUCCCGGGUGUCGUAUUCACUGUUUUCCUGCCAGGGCUUGUAUGUUGCAGUACUUUCAGUCUUUUAAAUAAGUAAAAUGGCAUUCUUUUCACUCAAAUUUCGUGUUAAUAGCACAAUAAGGUGUAUGUGUUCAGUCGUACCCGUUCGUGUUCGAUCGAUUUCCAACAAUCCUGUCCAAACACAACAACGAUUACAGUCGACCAACGCACCAGCAUCAAAUCGAUUUGCUUUAACCAUUGCACAGAAAGCACAGUUCGAAAACGAAGGAUACGUCGUUGUGAAUGAUGUAUUCGACAAGGAACACAUUCAAAGGAUGAAGGAUGUCCUUGAUGAAUGCGAGGAAAAGGCUAGAUCCAUGACCAAAUCAACCAACCAUUUCACGUUGGAUCCACAUCACACCCCUGAAAACCCGAUGCUACAGCGUGUACACAUUCCCUCGUUACUUUUCCCUGUCUUUGAAGACACAAUUCGUCAUGAACGCUUAUUGGAUAUCGUCGAACAGCUGAUUGGUCCAAAUAUUCGGUACAUAAAGCAAGACAAAGUCAACCUUAAGUUACCAAAAGGUACAGGGUUCCCAAUCAAGUGGCAUCAAGACUGGGCUUUUAAUCCUCACACCAAUCAAAAGAUCCUCAUGGCUYGUGUGUCUAUCGACGACACAACCAAAGAAAACGGAUGUCUUCAAGUCGUUCCAAAAUCACAUAGAGGUCCUUUGCUAUCACACUUCAAAGAUGGCGAAUUUGCAUCAGCUAUAAACGACUCAAGAUUUGAUCCAAGCUCUGCAGUUCAUCUUGAGGUUCCCUCUGGAGGAGUGAGCCUGCACCACGUUCAAGCCAUCCAUGGGUCAGCGGCAAACUUAUCUGAAAAGAAAAGGCGGCUCUAUGUUUAUCAGUAUUGCUCAACCGAUGCAUGGCCUUUAUUGGGUGUGAGCUCCUUGGAGUGGGGAAACACGGKACCACUAGAUUGGAACAGGUUUACUUCUACUUUGGUUCGUGGAGAAGUCACAUUUUACCCAAAAAUGGAGUCCAUUCCGAUCUGUCUUCCUAUUCCAUUUGAUAAGGGAUAUGUUUUCGAGCAUGCCGACAACAUCAAAUCUUCUCAUGAAAAUCCAAAGUAAUUUGGGUUUUCAUAGACAUUUUCUGAUAGUGAACACUGGUGAAUUCUGGUCUAGCUUGGGUAUAACUACAUCGUUUGUUCAUCAUACCUUGAUAUAUGGUGCUUGUUUGUACCCAAGCUAGACAACGAUGCAUAGUCUUAUUUAUCAACUUUUAAUUAUUCUAAUUAAUCAAAAAAACAAAUUAUUUUCUACAAUAUAUAUAUAUAUACAUAUAUAUGUGUGUGUGUGUGUGAAGCGCACGCAUUGAAUAAUGACCAAUCAACCUGCCGGGUCUCCAGAGUUAUAUUUCUCAAUCCUGUGCCUUCAAAACAUCAAACACCCUCUGGAUCCCAGGGGACAGGGGAAUCGUGGCCAAUAAUCCCAAGAGCAAAGAGUUCAAAGUGGACGGCACCGUGUUUUAAUACGGUUUUAGAGCAGGGGAACUAAAAGGGGAAAAACUGUUUUGACGAUAUUUCGUGUAAAACUCCUAUUAUAAUUACACUAAUCCUCAAACAAAAUUAUUAGAUUAAAUUUUUUUUUAAACUAC